CCUCAAUCAACAACAAUGAUUUUUUCUUGGAUCGUACAUCACAAUCUUGAAUACAAACGGGAAACUUUACCUCUCUAGUCCAUAUUGACCUUGAAAACAAUAAAAGUCGAUCAACUCUACAUUUGUCAUGCAAAGCAAAAAACGAAGAGCAACAAAAAUUUGCGUGGUGGGUUUACAUAUACAACUGGAUUAUUCCAUCUAAUAAAAGAAACAAAUUUUACCUCAAUUCUCCAAGAUUCAAACGUAGGCAUGAUAACCAGUCAGUCGAUCGUCCACAAAGUUUUAAAUGGCCCAUGUAAAUAUCCAUAAAUCCAAAAAGAUUGCAAGAAAGAAAAGAGACGUGUAUGUACCUUCUUUCCCUUUUCAUUGUUAAAAGAUAAGUUUUAGAGACAUGCAUGCACUCACUUAUUACGCUCUACAAAGAAGGACGUGACGCGAGAGCCAAACGCAUAUGGAUGUUAAAUGAUUUCUCCUUGUAGACAUUUGAAUCCUCUUAAGCUCCAUAUUCUUAUUUCUUGUUUUACAUCACUGAAUACGUAAGCACUAAAACCGAGUGUUCUCCAAUUUAUUUCUUAAAUAAGUGUAUACAAUUCGUUGAUUACGUUACUAAUACUUUUCUUUCUCGUCGAAGUAGCAAUACUUGAAUCCAAUGGUACUGAUUUUUCAUUAAUUUAAAAAAACAAUUCGUUAAUAUAUCUUCAAUUUUUGAGAAAAAAAAAAGGAUUUGUUAGCACGAUGAGUCAGCGGUGGUCAACGUGUACCCAAAUAUAGGAUAAGUAUGACACACGUAUUUAGAUUUAUCUGGAAGUUAUGUUUUAUAUAACAUUUUUUUGUAAAUUAUCAUAAUUAGAAUGUAUUGAUUUGGUAUUUUGUUUUUUCUACAUUUGCUUAUUAUUCUCCUAAUAUUGAAGAUUUAAUUUUGAUAGUUUAAAUGGAAACUUGACAUUUGCAGAAGCGAAUCCAUCAACUUUGGAAAAAAAUCUUAAUAUAAAAUUUGUUUUCUAACCUUGAAAUAUAAUUUCUUUUUUUAUAAUAAUAUUUAAAGGUUAAUACUGUUAAAAUUAGCUUAGCUUUGCACUAUGUUAUUAUGAAAAAAAUCCAUUUGUAGGAUAAUAUCUACAUAUAUAUUUUCUAAAUAUUUCCUAGUUUUUUUUUUCAUUUUCAUUUUUAUUAAACAUUCACUGGAACUAUCAAUCUUUACAGGGUCUUUUUGUUUAGGGUUGUCAAGACUAUAUAUACCAGACCAUAGUGUGUCAAGAUUCACACACUCAUAAACAAAAGAAAAUUCUAAAACAAAUAUAAUAAGAAAAUGUCUGCAAAACAGAUCCUCCAAAAGUUCGACAAGAACAACGACGGCAAGCUCUCACUGGAGGAGUUCCGUGAAGCGGCUCUUGCUUUCUCUAAGAACAUUCCUGAUGAAGAAAUCACAAAUAUGUUCAAGGAAUUUGACGUGGAUGGUGACGGUGAGCUUGACGCUGACGAGUUUACUUUGUGCAUUAAUAACAUGUUGAAGGAAGCUUUUGAUUUUUGUGAUACUGAUGGUGCCGGAAAGGUAACAGCAAGUGAGUUCCAUGCGGCCAUGACUGGGCUUGGGGAGGACUUCACAGAAGAAAAAUGUGCAGAGAUGGUUCAAGCCGUGGAUGCAGAUGGUGAUGGUUAUGUGAGCUUUGAGGAAUUUAUGGCUAUGAUCAUUGGCGAGUUUAAGAAAUGAGGGAUGAAUGGUCUGCUUGCUUAGCUAUGUUUGCUUAUCCUUAUUUAUGUGUAUUGUCAUCGGUUUAGAGAUUUCUCGACCGUGUCUUGUCUUUAAAAAUAAUUUCAAGUUCAUGCUGUUAAAUACUGCACUUGCCAAAUGUCAUGUGGGUCUUUAGCAAUGAUUAUUGAAAUCUAAAAUAAUUUUUGUUUAAGAAUGCCCUUUUUUAAACAUUAAAUCAACUGACGAAAAUGUUUAUAUACAAGCCUAAAAAUAUGUUUAUGUACAAAGUCUAAAAAUUGCGAUCCAUUAGCUUGUGCUCGGUGUAAUAUAAGAGCAUCUCCGAGAUAUUUUGUAACUGGUAUAAGAACAUUUUACAAGACAUUAUAUCAGAAACCUCAAGGAGCCCCUUUGUUUCGAGUGAGAUUGAUCUCCGACAAUGUUUUGAUUGUUCGUAAAAUAGUUUACAAUCUCCGGAUAAAUGAUAUAGUAUCUGAUGGUUUUAUGGAGGUUAAGACAGACAUGUCCAAAGUCUAUGACCGGAUGGAAUGAGAUUUCUUGGAGAUACUACUGGAAAAAUGGGAUUUAAUCGUGUUUGGAUUAGAUGGAUCAUAUCUUGCCUGAGCUCAAUGUCAUUUUCGGUCCUCAUGAAUGGGAACUCGCAUUCAUCAAACCCGAGUGUGGUAUUAGACAAGGUGAUCCUCUCUCGCCAUUCUUUUUUUGUCUUGUACGCAGAAGCUUUAGUAAGUUGCCUUAAUGUCGAUGAAUCAUCGGGUUCCCGUCAUGGUAUCAAGUUGGCUAUCUCGGGCCUUCUGUCCACCAGCUCCGCUUUUAAGACGACAUUCUCAUGAUGCGUAUCUUAUAUCUCAAACGUUAUAGCGAGGUUUCUGGUCAGGUCAUCAAUCUCCUAAAACAUCCGGUAAUGUUUGAUGCAAACGUGCCAAAAAAUACAAAGGAAGGGAUUAAACAUGUCCUUGGAAUAAAAGCAAAGGGUGGUGAAAGCUUAUACCUCGGUCCCCCCUAGUGUUUUAGUGGAUCAAAGAGGAAGCUACUGAGUUUUAUCUGAAAAAGUUUCAGAGAAAGCUCCAAGGCAGGUUUUCUAUCUCAGAGAGGUAAAUAAAUUCCUUUCAAAUCAGUGACUUUUGCGCUUCUAGUGUUUGUAAAUUCGUGUCUUAAGCUCCCUAAAGAUGUGUGCGCCAAGCUUACUAGCGCGAUGAUUAAGUUUUGGUGCAACAAUGUCGACAAGGCGAAAGAGAUCCCUUGAGUAGCCUGAAAAAACUAUGCAAGUCCAAAUAUGUGGGAAGUUUUCCAUGACAUCAAAUUCUUCUAUCAAACUUUACUUGGUAAACAAGCUUGGCGUAUUUGGGACAAUCUAGAAUCUUUGAUGGAUGAUGUACUUAAACACUAAUACUUAGUCAACUGUUCUUUCAUGGACUGUUGUUUAAGUAUAUGCCGUUCCUAUGUGUGGCAUAGUAUCCUCCAUAGUCGUGAACUAAUAAAAUAAGUAUUGGUGUAAAGGAAGAAAAUACGAAGGUCUGGUUAGAUAAUCGUGACACUAUCCCUCACACAACACAUUAUUAGCAUGAUGCCAAUGUGGACAUGAAUCUUGAGGUUGCUGAUCUCAUUGAUGAUCCAUCUCAUUCAUGGAACAUGGACUGUAUUAGACAUAUGAUCAUUAGUGAGGAAGAUGUCAUCUUAGUGAUAAUACAGUAAUCUCCCCUUCGCGUGAGGACUCUUUUGUUUGGGGUUUCGCAAGCUUUGAAAGCUACACAACGAGGAGUGGACAUAAGCUAGUAAAAAUUGUGAAUGACCUUCGCUUCCCCCCAACCAAAUCAGCUUCAUCCCUUGCAGAAACAGCUUUGUGAUUGUUUAUUGAAAUUGAAAAUCCCUCUUACGAUAAAAACACUUUAUGUGGAGGGCACUCUAGAUGCGUUAGCAGUCAGGGCAAGGCUGUCGUUGAGGGGCAUUGUGACUGAUACCUACUGCCCAAUGUAUGGUUCCAGUCAGGAAACUAUAUUUCAUGUUCUCUUUCAUUGCAGAGUGGCUCGAGAUAUGUGGGCGAGAUAAUCAUUUCCACUUCAUCUAGCCGAUUUUUCCAUAAACUCAUUCUUCCUCAACUACCAUCAUUUACUCGCAUGCAGCAAGAAGCAUGAUAUGCAUGAGAGGCUCUCCAUGGAUCCUUUGAAAAUUUUGGAAAACUCGAAAUGCAAUUCUACUUUGAGAAGACUCGAUCUGACACUGAAUCAAUCUUUUUUCUUUUUUUGGUAAAAGACACUGAAUAAUCUUCUCUAAGGCUUCAGAAGAAUUUAGGUUGUAUAUGCAUAAUGGAGAAAACUGUUUGAAGAACCAUGCAUCAAUGACAGUACACCUCCAUUAUUAAUCACAUUUAAAGCAGUCGCCAACGUCAUCCAUAAUAUACAAACAGUCAACCUGCUAUAUCGGAGGGUGAAACAUACAUUAUUAGGGUUUAAAUGUUUUUUUUAUAAAAUCAAUUUUAUUACUUUAGCUUGAGUGUAUGUGAUCAACAAUGUAAAUAUUGCGGUACAUAGAAAUUAAAUUGAAAAUCUACUCCAUCUUGUAAGCGCUUUGCCAGACAGUCUGUUACUUUGUUUGCACUCCUCUUCGUCCAUUAGGGUUUAAAUGUUAUAUCCUAAAUUUUCCAUCACAAAUGGUAUAUUCUUAAGAUUGAUUAGAAAAAUAGAUAUUGCACAAAUUGAUCCAAUAAUCUAUUUUUAAUUUAUUUUGUUCCCUUUUAUAAAUAAUAAAUCGGAACUUUAUGUCACACUAAAUUAGAUAUGCAUAUACACAUAUAAAAUAAUUAUUCAGAAAUGAUAACAUAUGAAUGUAUAUUUUUAUUUUAUAUUAAAACAUAAAUAUGUUGGAUUAUCUAAAAUUAUAUAUUUUAAAAAUCUCAGUUAAUUAAAUAUUGAAAACCUUAGAAUAAUUUUUUGUAUGAAUAUGAGGAUUUUAUUGGGCAUGAUGAAACUAUUAGGCUUACAAAUAUCUAAUUUUAAAGUUAUUGAAUAUUUUCAAAUCUAGGUUAGAAGUUAUUGUGAAUGAUUAUUUGAUUUUGUUUGAUUUAUGUGGUGACCGGUUCACUUUCACUAUGUAAUUUUCCACAUGUAUCAAUUUUUUACUAACUUUUUUUUAAUGGUUUUUACUAAUUUUAUAUUAUUGUUAAUCCACUAAGCAUGAAAACCGUAGAUACUAAGAAUUUUAUACAUGAACUACAAUCAUUUAAUUUUUCAUUUUUUUCAAAACAAAAAAUAAAAAUUUUGACUUCAACUUUUUAGAAAUGAAUUAAAAAAAUUCUUAAGAAAAAUACAAUACAAAUAUACUUUUUCUAAAAAUUAAAUAAUUUUGGAACUUAACUCAAGAUAAAUCAUAAUCGUCUAAAUAGAUCAAUACAAUUACAUGAAUCUAAAUAGAUAAUUUUUUUGAAUCUUAUAAGUAAAUGAGUUCAAACGGUCGUAAAUGUGUUGGCGAAAAAUGAGACUGAUUUAAAUAAGGUGAAUCUACCAAUUUAAGAUUCUUAACAAAUCAUGUGACGGAAUUUUUAUUAGAUUUUUACAAUGUAAAAUGUUCCGGGCUUUAAAAAUCUAGUUUAGAUUAUAAGCAUUGUUGUACGACACUGCACAAACAAAAAAAAGCAAUUUUGUAUGACAAUAUGGAUCUUCUUAUUAGAUAGUAAAUAUCGUUAGAGGUAAAUCACCCGAGCUUAGUACAAGAUCGCCAGGAUAAUUCGGGCAUAUCCUCGAUCCUGCGUUGGCAAAAGCCCUGUCCUAGCUUUGUGAAGUACCUCCUGGAUAAGAGAAGCCGAGAAUAGUGGUGCCUCUUGGAUCCUGGAGAACAAUGUAGGACAGACUCUAGGGGAUAGCCGUCGAUCUUACUCUUCUAUCCAUACACGGGUACCCUGGCUUUAACCUUCAUGUUCUGUUUCUGCUACAAUACGCUGUUUUUAUAAGCCUCGGCUUAUUCCAUUUUUUAAAAACUGAAGGCACUAAGCGUUAAAAAAAAGAAGUUAGUAAACAUCGUAAGACUUCACAAAACGGAAGUGAAUGUAUGAA